AUGGCCAAAUCGCUUUCAUUCCCUUGUUGCAGAGCCGUCUUCGUCGCGCUCCUUGUGGCCUUCACCGACCUCUCACGUGCUUCCAUGGAAUCCUUUUCUUGUUAUUUCACUUUCUUCAUGCAUGACAUCUCCGGAGGUUCAGCAUCGUCGGAGAGAGUCGUCGCCGGCAUCACCGUCGCCACCGCUGACGACCUCCCUUUCUCAAAACCCAUUCACAGAAUCUUCCCCAUUCCGGGCGGCAUCCCUCUUGUUGAUAAUAACCCAAACCCCUCCACCACAACAAGCGCCGUGAUCAGCGACGUCGACACUCACAACAACGUUGUUAUUGACAACGCUAACAUGCUUCCGUAUGUUAAACCAGGUGCUCUACCUUUGGGAGCAACGUUACUGGAUAAGGUUCUGUUUGGGAGAGUGACGGUUAUGGACUAUGAGGUCACGCGAGGACGUGAUGUGGGUUCGAAAGUUAUAGGUAGAGCACAGGGGUUUCAUUUGGCAAGUUCAUGGGACGGAACCAGCAAAACCGUGGCAUUCACUGUGUUAUUAGCCGACGAGGAGGAGGACACUAUUAGCUUCUUUGGUGUCCAUCGAACGGCUGAGAUUGAGUCUGGUGUUGCUGUGGUAGGAGGAACCGGCAAAUAUGAAAAUGCGAAAGGAUAUGCCAAACUUGAGAUUGGCCAUUUAUUACCUGGUCAACAAAUCAGAAAUGGGGUGGACGCAGUUGUUCAGACCACUGUUUACCUCACUCUGCAUACGAGUCCCUAA